UCCUCCUGUAAGCAUCCUUGAUCUCCUAUACCCUUCCAACCUCUAGCCAUAUGGCGAAACGCGAGCAGGUAAGACCACUGGCCCCGGCUGCGGAGCGCCGAUGCAGCGACGAAGAAGGGGCUUCUAAACACCAUAAGAAACGAAGCAGAAAAUGCGUCAAAUGCUGUGUAUUCGUCACAGCCAUAUUUGUCAUUCUAGUCACAGCGAUCAUAGUUUUACGUUUCACUGUCUUUCGUGUCAAAGACCCUGUCAUCACAAUGAACAGUGUCACGAUCUCAAAGUUGGAGCUAAGCAAUGGCACAACUCCCAAGCCAGGGGUGAACAUAACCCUAAUUGCAGAUGUAUCUGUUAAAAAUCCCAACGUAGCAUCAUUCAAGUAUAGCAACACCACCACAACCCUCUACUACGACAGGCAGAUAGUUGGGGAGGCCAGAAACGGACCGGGCCAUGCUAGGGCCAGACGGACCAUGAGGAUGAAUGUUACAGUGGAUAUCAUCCCAGACAGGAUCAUGUCAAACCCAAAUCUGAAUGCUGAUAUGAGCUCUGGGAUAUUGUCCAUGACCUCCUACACAAGAGUUCCAGGGAGGAUGAAAAUAGUGAUUGUCAAGAGGAAUAUUGUUGUGAAAAUGACCUGCAGCAUGACACUUAAUAUUACGAGUCAGCAAAUUCAGACACAGAAGUGCAAGCGGAAAGUUGAUUUUUAGAGCAUGGCAUACUAUUGUUGCUUCUUGUAUUUUAAUACCUAGUGCAGAUGUU